AUGAAAGUCUCUAUUGUACAAGCGGGUAGUUUUAUCUACGAUACUCCAAGAACAUUGGACCUUCUCGAAAAAUUGACCAGAGAAGCAGCAAACGAGAAAGCUGAACUAAUUUUGUUUCCGGAAGCUUUCAUUGGUGGAUAUCCAAAAUGGAACGAUUUCGGGAUUCUGCUGGGUUCACGGAGUCAAGAAGGACGAGAAGAGUUUCAGAGAUAUUAUGAUUCAGCAAUCACGGAGAAUGGAUCAGAGGCUGCACGAGUUGAGGCUUUAGCCAAAGAGUUGCAAGUUUUCCUUGUCACCGGUGUUGUCGAACGGGACGGGGGAACGCUUUAUUGCUCGGUUUUUUUCUAUUCACCAACUGGCUAUUUGGGAAAACAUCGAAAAUUGUUGCCAACCGCGCUCGAGCGUUGCGUUUGGGGCAAUGGAGAUGGGUCGACGAUGAAGACCUUUGACACCGAGAUUGGAAAACUGGGGACCGCGAUUUGUUGGGAGAACUACAUGCCACUCUAUCGUACUUAUCUGUACUCACAAGGUAUCCAAUUAUAUCUGGCUCCAACAGUAGACGAUCGUCCAGUCUGGUUGCCCACAAUGCAAACGAUCGCUUUGGAGGGAAGAUGUUUUGUUAUCUCAGCGGUUCAAUAUAUGAAAGGUUCCAAUUAUCCAGAAGGACACUCGGUUCGGUUAAAGCAUGGAGAUGAAAAGCAUGGAAAAGGACACUCGGUUCGGUUAAAGCAUGGAGAUGAAACGGUCUUUAUCCGAGGCGGCUCUUGCAUCGUCGACCCGCUUGGGAAAGUACUUGUGGCGCCCGAGUUUGAUGGUCAAGCGAUAAAAUACGCCGAUAUUGAUUUGAAUCUGAUUACACAAGGGAAAUUUGAUCUGGAUGUCGUCGGACAUUAUGCCAGAAAUGAUAUCUUCAAAUUAAUUGUCGACACGAGAGAGCAGAAAAAUGUUGUGCAGAGCAAAGAAGCU